GAGUGCCGAGCGAGGGACGGCGCCGGCGGCCGGCGCCGAUGGGAAGCGUUAAAGCAGCUGUGUGGCGGGAGGUAUCUCCGGUUCCCGGUGAGGGGCCGCGGGUUUUGGGUACUGUCCUUCGCCUUCCGCGCUCGGGAGACGGCAAGAGCAGCGGAGCAGGAUGUAUACUCUCCUGUCUGGGCUCUAUAAAUACAUGUUCCAGAGGGAUGAGUACUGCGUCUUGAUCCUUGGUUUGGACAAUGCUGGUAAAACCACCUUCCUUGAACAAACCAAAACUCGAUUUAACAAGAACUACAAAGGGAUGAGUUUGUCCAAAAUCACAACCACUGUAGGCUUAAACAUUGGUACUAUUGAUGUUGGCAAAACUCGGCUAAUGUUCUGGGAUCUUGGUGGGCAGGAGGAACUGCAGUCUCUUUGGGACAAGUAUUAUGCUGAAUCUCAUGGAGUGAUCUAUGUUAUUGACUCCACUGAUGAGGAGAGGCUCUCAGAAUCUAAAAGAGCUUUUGAGAAGAUGAUUACCAGCGAAGCUCUGGAAGGGGUUCCCAUUCUGGUGUUAGCUAACAAGCAGGAUGUAGAGACUUGUCUGUCAAUACCUGACAUCAAGACAGCAUUUAGUGACUGCAUUAACAAAAUUGGGAAGAGAGACUGCCUGACACAAGCCUGCUCUGCUCUUACUGGCAAAGGAGUGAACGAGGGAAUUGAAUGGAUGGUGAAAUGCGUGGUGAGGAAUAUUCACCGGCCCCCAAGAAAGAAGGACAUCACGUAAGAAAUUGCAAGCCAGCCAAGGAGCAGACAGUCUCUUUCCACACAGUUUUGUGUUCCCUUUUAAGAAGGUGGUCCACUGGAUUCCUAUUACACCUGAUUCUUUCCUAAGUUUGGAGACAAACAUUCUCUUUCUGUGUCUAAAAAACUUGAGCAAAGGAUUCCAACUGGGUGGGGGGUGGGAAUCUCUUACAUUAAGUAUUAAGCUGUUGGCCUGAGAGCAUAGACAGAGUGGCAAUCUACACAUUGUUGCAGAUGCAAAGGACUUAAUUUUCUACUGUAUUACUUUGUGAUUCUUGAUUUGUUAGUCUAAGAGGCUAGAGGCCAGUGACAUGAAGGAACUCCUGAAGGAACCGUGUAGGUGAAAAUGAAAGGGGAGGGAGAGCCUGGGGAAUGGCUGUCCCUUCUAACCGAGAAGAUACCUUGCUGCUCCAGCCCCAUGGUUACUAUAGGUGGUGUUACUGGCCCUGAUAUGCUGCUGUUUGUAUAAUGGGGAGAGACAGCGUUGAUUAUAACUCAAUUUUCAGUCAGCACGUUGAUUUGUAACUUUUACCUGUGGUAAAUGCAGAUAUGGAAGCCAGCAACUGCACAAUGGUAUACUGUUUAAAAUGGGUAUUCUUAAUAGGACAUGAACUCCAGAAGCACUGCCUUGCUUUGACUGCCAAUCUUUUUUGUGCAUUCUCUUUAAUUGUAAGAAUAAUUGGUAUCUUCUGUAACUGGAAUGAAUUGAGGCCCUCUCUGUGAUCUUUCUAGGCCGAAAGCUGAACCUCUAGGCAGGGAGAAAUCAGUAUGCAAUAAAGCUUCCUACUUCUUUGAA